AUGAGUUUAAACGAAGUUGUUCCGGAAAAAACAAAUGUUUUAUCAACUGAACGACUUUUUCGUGAUGUUCCACAAGGUUUACAAAAUUAUAUGGCAAUUGUAUAUUUAAUUAUUUGGUAUAUUUCAUCAGGUGCUACACUUUUCUCAAAUAAAUAUAUUCUCAGUAGUUUUCAUGGUGAUGUUUUUUCAUUAGGUAUGAAUCAACUUCUUUUAUCAAUUUUAUCUAGUUUUAUACAAAUGCAAAUAAUGAAUAAAAUCUCAACACAAAUACAUAAAAAUUCACCGAAUAUAAAAAAUAUUUUUCAAGAUAUGUUAUAUAUUGGAGCAUUUCGUUGUAUUACAGUUAUAUUAGGUUUAUUAGCACUUAAAUAUAUUGUUGUUUCAUUUGUUGCAACAAUUAAAGCAUCAUCACCAUUAUUUACAGUUAUUAUAAGUAGAAUUAUAACAGGAGAAAAAACAGGUUAUUGGACAAAUUUUUCAAUGAUACCAAUUACAAUUGGUCUUGCUUUAUGCAGUUCAUUUGAAUCAAGUUUUAAUAUUUUGGGUUUUUUAUGUGCUUUAGGAACAAUUUUUUUUGAAUGUUUACAAAAUGUUUAUUCAAAAUUAUUAAUUAGUGGUGAACGUUAUCGUUAUACAGCUGUUGAAUUACAAUUUUGGGCAAGUCUUGUUGCUUCAGUUUUUCAAUUACCUAUACUUUGUUAUAAUGUGGAUAUUUUAUCAGCAAUUAGUUCAACAUCUUCAAUACUUUUCCUAUUAUAUAUUUUUAAUGGUGUAGCAUAUCAUAUUCAAUCAUUUGCUGCUUAUGCUGUUAUGGCUUAUAUAUCACCAAUAACACAUAGUGUUGCUAAUACGGUGAAACGAGCUUUAUUAAUAUGGUUAUCAGUACUUAUUUUUAAAAAUCAAGUGACAUUUCUUAGUGGUUUAGGCACAUUAACAGUUAUAUUUGGUGUUAUACUUUAUAAUGAAGCACGUGAUAUAGAAAAAAAAAUUGGAAUUUCAAAUAAUUCAGUAAAUGAUACUAGUCCAAUAGUUACACGUAGAGGUGUAUAG